ACGAAACCGCUGCUUUCUUCUUCCCCACAGGCCUCUGGGAGCUGCUGCGGUUCAAAAUUGCAAUACAAAAACAGAAACGAAGUCGUUUUUUGUGACCUAACCCCAAUCAAUUCUUUUGCAAUGUUAACUCGGGCUCUUUCGAGGUCAAAAAUCCCAAAUUUCAGUAGCAUAAUAGUUAUCCUUCAAAACCUAACAACUAAACAAUCCAUUAUAGAUCAAACGCAAUUGCCACUCUCAAAAGCCUCAAAUAUCCAAUCUUUUUUAGUUCCUGCUGGGUUGCGGCAAUAUCACGAUGGAAGGCCAAGAGGGCCACUCUGGAGAGGCAAGAAGCUGAUUGGAAAAGAAGCCCUUUUUGUAAUACUUGGAUUGAAGAGGUUUAAAAAUGAUGAUGAUGAGAAGCUUGACAGAUUUAUUAAAACCCACGUUUUCAGACUUUUGAAACUGGACAUGAUUGCUGUUUUGUCUGAGCUUGAGCGACAAGAGGAGGUUUCUUUGGCUGUUAAGAUUUUUAGAGUGAUUCAAAAGCAAGAUUGGUAUAAGCCGGAUGUGUAUCUCUAUAAGGAUUUGAUUAUGGCAUUACUGAAAACUGGAAAAAUGGAAGAGGCAAUGAAGUUAUGGGAAGAUAUGAGAAAUGAGGAUUUGUUCCCGGAUUCCCAAAUGUAUACCGAAGCCAUUAGAGGCUACUUGAGGGAUGGGUCUCCUGCUGAUGCAAUGAACAUAUAUGAAGACAUGAAGAAGUCACCAGAUCCUCCCGAGGAGUUGCCGUUUAGGAUUCUGUUGAAGGGGCUUUUACCACACCCGCUUUUGAGGAAUAGAGUAAAGCAAGAUUACGAGGAGCUAUUUCCAGAAAAACAUGUUUAUGACCCUCCAGAAGAGAUAUUCGGAAUUCUCUGAGGGCUUCAAAUGGUCCAUCACUUUACUGGAGUUCGUGGUCUUUCCUCAGCUGCUUUAAGAUAACAGCAAAUGACCUAAUAUGACACCAUUUUAUACUGCGGAAACAAAGAGGUUGCUUUUGCGUGCAAGGACACAUCGCACUGCUGUUCUGUUUCAGAGCUUCAAACUCCGUGGCCUCUAACCAUUUUGUUUUUUGGUGGGGUGGAUUAUGGGGAGUCUUACUGCGAUGCCCUAGGUUAGAUUUUUCCGUAUAUUUAUAAUUAACAAAGAGCUGUGUCAUGUGUUGCUGCGAUUGAACUGUCUUUAAUCAUCUCAUCCCAACAGCUUCUUUUGGGUUGUACUUAUUUCAGCCUUUGAUUCGUUUGAACCUAAAACUUUACGGCAUGAAGUUCGCCAGCAUGUCAUAAUCGUGCAUCUUGUAGACGUGUUUUUCGAUAAUGUGGCCAAAAACCAUAAUAAUGCAGUUAGGUUUUCUGAUUUUCAA